AUGUCCCUCUUCCCGACCACCUCAGAGCACUAUAAACCCCAGGUCCCUGGCAGCAGGUCACAGUGGACAGCUGCCAGGUUCCAGGCUACUCGGACCACUGCAGACAUCUUUCCAGGCUGCCCCACCCUGAGCUCCAGACACAAUGAACCUUCCCUCCACAAAGGUCUCCUGCCGCUCCUGCUGCUGCUGCUGCUGCUGCCUCCCGCGCUGCUGUCUCCCGGGGCGGCCGCGCAGCCCCUGCCCGACUGCUGUCGACAGAAGACGUGCUCCUGCCGCCUCUACGAGCUGCUGCACGGCGCGGGCAAUCACGCAGCCGGCAUCCUCACGCUGGGCAAGAGGCGGCCGGGGCCCCCAGGCCUCCAGGGUCGGCUGCAGCGCCUCCUGCAGGCGAGCGGCAACCAUGCGGCCGGCAUCUUGACCAUGGGCCGCCGCGCAGGCGCAGAGUCAGCGCCGCGCCCCUGCGCCGGGCGCCGUUGUCCUGUGGUGGCCGCUACUUCUAUCGCUCCAGGAGGACGGUCAGGGGUCUGAGCCCCACCCUUUCCCUGCUCUCUUCCCUUUGCCCACCUAGUGUCAGCUCCCAGAUAAAUGGCAAUAAAGAGGAGUUCCGAU